AUGUCGACCAGCGCUGAUAAUACGAGCAAUAGCAAUGCUUACCGGAUCCCGCUCCUGAAGGAAGACAAUUGGCUCCCGUGGAAGCGCCGCGUCGAGGCCAUCCUUAAUGAUAAGGGUCUCCAGGAGUAUGUGACCGGAAAGACACCGAAGCCACAGCCGAGUAAUGACCUGGCCAAUAGGGCAGCGAGAGAGGCGGAGAUUAGCGCCUGGGGAGAGAAGGACCUCAAGGCCCAGAACGUAAUUGUGCUAUCGCUGGGAGAUUCCCAGAUGGUGCACAUCGCUGGAGCCGAGACGGCACGGGCCAUGUGGGAGCAGCUUCGCACAGUCAAGGAACAGCGUGGACAGCAUGGAAUUCUCGCGCUGUGCCGGUGUUUUUACCGGAUGCAAGCCAAGGAAGAAGAUAAUAUCUCCAGUCACAUUACACAGCUACGACAGAUCCAGGAACAACUCCACCUAAUGGGGAAGGUUGUUUCUGACGAAGAUUUCCAGCUCAUUCUGGCUACCUCAUUACCGGAGAGCUGGGACUCUUUCCUCAGCUCUUACUUUGGCGCCGUGGGCGGCAAUGUUGGCGCCGAAGGUGCUGACAACGGCCCGCUGAUGAAACGGCAAAAGACGGAACGUGCUUACGAAGCGCGCGAGGUCGAAUCGAAAGAUGAUGAGGCAAAAAUAGCCUACGAUAAUGAUAGCGACACUGUAUCUCUCGGAUCUGAUGGCGAAAUUGCUUCUUUCUAUGAGUGGUUUGCCGACUCCGGGACAACUUCGCACAUUACAAAUCAUCGUGAAGUCUUCGCGACCUAUCAGGCGCUCGAAGAUCACGCGAUCACGGGCAUCGGACCGCAACCAACGCAGGCAUUGGGCCGCGGUACGGUCGAUGUCGAAAGUGAAGUAGGAGACCGGAAAGUGAAAUUCCGUCUCCACGGUGUACUGUAUGCGCCGACAGCACCCAAUAGCCUCCUCUCCAUCACGCAUUUGGACGACGUGGGAGGAAGAGUACUUAUGGGCAAGAAAAAUGGACGACUAUAUUCAUUGAAAUUGCAUCCAAUAGUUCCGCAACCUGCGCGAACCUAUACUGCUAAGGAAUAUGGCCCGCAUACCUGGGAAGAGUGGCACAAGAUCUAUGGCCAUAUCGGGAAACCAGCGCUUACGCGAUUAUAUCGUGAAGGGCUUGUUGAUGGCCUAGAAAUCUCGCCAAGCCCAGAUGAAAUUAAUUGCGAGGCAUGCAUCCAAGCAAAGGCGACGCAGAAGCCAUUUCCCAAAGAGACAGACGAAUGCAGCAAGGUACCCGGAGAAUUAACACACACGGAUGUGUGGGGACCUGCGCAGACAGCCGCUCUACAAGGGUGGAAAUAUUUUAUUACAUUUACCGAUGAUUACAGUCGUCGAAGUACAGUACUAUUUAUGAGGCAUAAAGAUGAAGUAACUGAAAAGGUAAAGAAUUAUAUUACCUAUAUCGAGCGCAAGUUUGGAAAUAAACCCUUGCGACUCAGGCUCGACAACGGUCGAGAAUAUAUGAACACCGAAUUAAUUAACUGGUGUCAAAUGAAAGGGAUCGAGAUGGGUCCGACUGUGCCAUACUCACCAUCCCAGAACGGAGUCUCUGAGAGAUUGAAUCACACACUGCUUGGACUAGCGCGCGCGAUGAUCUAUGCGAGAGAUCUACCUCGUUAUCUUUGGGCUGAAGCGAUUGCUCACGCAGUCUAUAUUAAAAAUAGAUCGCCUACCCAGGCGUUAAAUGGGGCAACUCCCGAAGAAAAAUGGAAUGGGACGAAACCAAAUAUCUCGUACUUACAAGAAUUCGGUUCCCCCGUAUGGGUCCUCACGGAAGACGCAACACUAUCAAAGCUAGCGCCCCGUGCCAACAAGUAUAUUUUUGUUGGAUACAUGGACGGACCCAAAGCCAUCAAAUAUUAUGAUGCGCACACGCGCCAGAUUAAAAUCUCGCGUAAUUUCCAAUUUUCUUCGAAUUUCCCGGACCAUUUGCCCGGCAACGCGCCUCACGUGCCACAAGAGCAAAUAGGAUCUGACGUACCUAUCCUCACAGCACAGCGUGAGGGGGAGCAAAAUAUAUUUCCGGGCACUUUACCUAGCAAUGCGUCAGACGUGCCGCAUGCGGAAAGGAGACCCGAAGUCCCAAACCUCACAACGACCGCAGACGUGCGGCGCGAGGGGGAGUUAGGAACUUCCGCGCCACAGUCACCUGCCAAAAAUCCGCGAAAGCACAGACAGGAUCAUGAUCCUGAUCAACGCGAGGAAAGCGGGACGGACGCACCAAGCCAGCCCAGACGAACCAGAAGAAAGACAGUUUGGCAUGAUUACCAUCUAAUGCAUGACCCAGAGGCAGACGAAGAUCUGGAUAAUGAUCCAGAUAAAUCAAAUGCCGAAUUAGUCUAUAUUGCGAUGAGCGCCCACGGAAAUGCGGAUGCGGACGAGCCAAAGACGCUCAGUGAUGCCAAGAGAUCACUCGAGUGGCCCAAAUGGGAACAGGCAGUCCAGAUGGAACUCAAUCAACUACAGGGUAUGGAGACUUGGGAGUUAGUGGAACCUCCCGAAGAUCGAAAACCCGUAGGAAAUAAAUGGGUUCUAGUUAAGAAAACAAACAAAGAGGGUGAAAUAAUCAAAUACAAAGCCCGCCUGGUUGCGAAGGGAUAUUCUCAAAUCCCAGGCAUGGACUAUACCGAGACGUUCGCGCCCGUAGUCCGCCUCGAAACCAUUCGAGCUAUCCUCGGGCUAGCCGCAAUCUUAGAUUGGGAGAUCGGACAAAUGGACGUGAAAGGCGCCUAUCUUAAUGGAACUCUCAAAGAAGAAGUGUAUAUGCGGCAACCCGAAGGAUACAGUGAUGGAACAUACCGUGUAUGUAAAUUAAAGAAAACCCUCUACGGGCUAAAGCAGUCUGGCCGAGAAUGGAAUAUCAUGCUGAACCGCAAGUUAUUAGACGCGGGAUUCAAGCGCCUAUUCUCGGAUCCAUGUGCGUACAUUCGGAUCAAAGGUGAUAAGAUAGAAAUCGUCACCGUUUGGGUGGACGACCUAUUAAUAUUCACCAAUGAUUGCGCACUGAUGGACCAAUUGAAGAGGGAACUCCGAAAUAUGUUCGAAGUUACCGACCUUGGCGAACCCCGAAAAAUUGUGGGGAUAGAAAUUGAGAGGGACCGUUCAAAGCGGACAAUCAAAAUCUCUCAGACAAAAUAUAUUGAGUCUAUCCUACACAAGAAUGGGCUUACGAACGCCAACACGGUCGGGAUGCCUCUUGAUCCAAAUACAGUGCUUGAAAAAGAAGAACCCGAAACUGAUGACGAAUGCGACCGAGACAACGGAUAUGCAUCGCUCGUCGGAUCACUGAUGUACGCGGCAAUUGCCACGAGACCAGACAUUGCUCACGCCGUGCAACGGCUUAGCUCAUUUACUGCCAAUCCCGGAAUGGCUCAUUGGACUGCUGCUAAACGCGUCCUCCGCUAUCUAUCCGGAACGCGAGAACUUGGAAUAAUCUAUGGGCCAAUUGCAGAUGUCAAGCCUGAAGAUCAAUCCAUAUUUGUGGGCUACUCAGAUGCAGACUAUGCGAACGAUAUCCGAGAUCGCAAAUCAAUCUCGGGAUAUUUAUUUAAAUUAGGAAAUGGCAUGAUCACGUGGAGCUCAAAGAAGCAAACCACGGUCGCGUCAUCCACCACGGAAGCCGAAUACAUGGCAUCCGCUGAAGCGGCAAAAGAAGCCGUAUGGCUCCAAACACUAUUCAGAGAAAUAGGUUUCGAGCAACAAGAUCCUACAAUUUUAUUGGAGGAUAAUACAGCGGCGAUCUCAAUCGCACGUGAUCCCCAAUUUCACGCGAAAUCAAAACAUUUUGAUGUAAAGCAUCAUUAUGUGCGCGAAAAAUUGAGGGAUAAAUAUAUUGAUAUCCACUACUGUCCCACGGAGGACAUGAUAGCGGAUAUCCUAACAAAGUCACUCCCUAAGCCGAGGCACGAGAAGCUCACAAAGAAGCUCGGAAUGCCCAUCGGCUUGAGGGGGAGUGUUGGAAAGUAG